CAUCAUCAACCCAAAUAAAAAAAUCAAAUUUAGAUCUCCGAAUCCAAACCCCAAAUAGCAUUCAUAUAAUAACUCAUCAACUUUCUCGUUCUCCAAGCACUCCUUUCAAAAGCACUUCCUUCACGCCCCUCUCCCAAACGCGUAACAGCCAACCCUAUUUUAAUCCCUCCAACCCACCAAACCAAAAACACAAGAGUCAUACCAGAAAAUACAAACACAAAAAUGAUAGAUCAAGAGAGGCCAGCCGGAACUCCCCCCCACGGGAUUCUGCUAGCGGUGGUGGUCGUGGCGGUGAUCAUGGUGCCGUACUUUCUAGGUGACCAAGGCGAGGCCAUAACGGAAGCCAUCUCCGAGCUUUUGAGCCCGUUGGGUCUUCUCCUUCUCCCCAUUAUUCUCCUACUCACCAUUCAGUUUCUGUCAUCGGACAGCGGCUCAUUCGUCUCCUCCUUGUUCUCGACCGGAGAGCCCGACACCAUCCACAGAGUCAGUGGCUCCCCGGUUGGGGUUGCAUUGUUUCUCGUCCUUGUCAUAUUCCUUCUUUACAAUAGGGUUUCGAUCUUUGGCGGCGGCGACGACGGGGAUGAUUAGUUACGGCGUGAAUCCGGCCGAGUUUAAUGCAUGUAUUUGUGUAUUACAGUUAAUUAUACAGCUUAGAAGGGAUGUAGGAGUAUUAGUACUGGGGUACGUACUCAAACUUCUUUUCAUGUAUGAAUGAACAUGGCCUGGGGGUGGGGUUGAAUUGUAAUUAGAGGCAAUAACGAGGUGACGAAUGGAAUUUCAGGGCGAUAAUAUGAGGAUAUUUUGAUCAUUUAAAAUAGUUGAGGGACAGUGUCGGUGCGAGGAGCGGUGUUGCCUGCCAUCUUCGCUCCGUACUUUAUGGCCUUAUUUGUUGAAAUGAGUGAUUUCUGCACAUUCCGUUUUUA